ACCAAAACGAAAACCCCUUCCUUAUUAGCUUAGGCUUAGCUCUGACUUUUGAGUCUAAGCGUAAACAAAAAGAAAAAGAAUGGAGCCCGAAGCAGCGAAGAGCUGGAGCAUCCACAGUCGAGGCGAGAUAAUAGCGAAGUACGAAAUACAGGAGCGCGUGGGGUCGGGAGCGUACUCGGACGUGUACAAGGCGCGUCGGCUGUCGGACAACGUGGUGGUGGCGCUGAAAGAGGUUCACGAUUACCAGUCGGCGUUCAGAGAAAUAGAGGCCUUACAGAUCCUCAACUCCCCAAACGUCGUCGUUCUCCACGAGUUCUUUUGGCGGGAAGACGAGGACGCUGUGCUUGUCUUGGAGUACCUGAGGACUGACCUGGCAUCUGUGAUCAAUGAGGCCAAGAAGGAGGGCCGUUCGAUUGGAGUCGCCCAGCUCAAGAGAUGGAUGCUCCAGAUUCUCUGUGGCCUUGACGCCUGUCACAGGAAUAUGAUCGUGCAUCGGGAUUUGAAACCCACUAAUCUUCUCGUCUCCGAUGAUGGCCUGCUCAAGCUCGCCGAUUUUGGCCAGGCAAGGAUACUCCUGGAGCCUGGAUAUGUUGCUUCCUACAACAACCUACAACCAUAUGAACAAAACGCUGUAAAUCAGGAAAAUGCCUUUCAGCCUCCUGAAGUUUUUCCUGAAACAGACAAUUUAUGCCAAGAAGCUUAUGAAAUUCAAGACCAGGACACUAUAAGUAAAGAAGAAUAUUUUAGACAGUUAGAUGAGUUCAAGGCUAAAAAUAUAGAUGAAACUGAUGAGGAAACAAAUGUUCAUGAUGGAGAUACAUCUUGUCUUGCAACAUGCACAACAAGUGACAUAGAGGAUGAUCCUUUCAAGAAUUCAUAUUCAUACGAGGCUGAGGGUGGUAGAGAUGAUGGACAAGGUUGUCUUACAUCCUGUGUUGGAACUCGUUGGUUCAGAGCCCCUGAACUACUCUUUGGAUCCACUGACUAUGGUUUAGAGAUUGAUCUGUGGUCAUUGGGUUGCAUAUUUGCUGAGCUUUUUACUCUGGAGCCCAUUUUUCCUGGAACUGCAGAUAUUGAUCAACUCAGCAGGAUUUUUAGUGUUUUGGGAAACUUAACUGAGGAAGUCUGGCCAGGUUGUUCUAAACUUCCUGAUUAUAGAACAAUUUCAUUUAAUAAGGUAGAAAAUCCAAUUGGUUUAGAAGCCUGCCUGCCCAACUGCACCCCUGAUGAAAUCUCUUUGGUAAAAAAACUUGUCUGUUAUGACCCAGCUAGCAGAGCUACAGCAAUGGAACUGCUCCAUGACAAGUAUUUCAGUGAAGAGCCUUCUCCGGUUCCAAUGUCUGAGUUAUGGGUUCCUUUGACCAGAAGUGGGCAAGAUGAGAAUUCUCUUAGAGGGUGGUCUGGCCAUGAUGGAAUGGGUUCAGAUUCCGAUUUUGAGGACUUUGUGAAUUAUACCAGGACUGAUACUGGGUUUUCCAUACGGUUCCCUUGAGCUUAAAGGGCAUUAAGGCACUCUGAUUUGUUAAAUUAUUCGUUGCAAUUUUGUGUGAUUAGAUAUUGGAAAGUUCAUCUUACCUUUCUUCUCAAAAAAGGAAAAAAAGAAAGAGAGGAUAUUGAGAGUUCAUCCCUAGAGCCUUGUAGCUUAAUUGCAACUUCUUAAUGUUUUCAAUA